GAGACUGCCACCCUUGUCUCAGUCUCGACUACUCCAAAUGCGACCGGACCUCAAGUGGCGACAUUUUCUCAGCCCUCGAGUGCACAAGCAUCUUACUCGAGCUGGUCGACCCCGUCAGACCAAGUAUACAUUCCAACCCAGACAACCUUAAUCAUCGCCGGCACAUCCUCCUCAAGCUCCUCAGCUCCCAGUGGUGCUUCCGACGUUCAGACUCCAUACACCAGUGGGGCACCAUCGGAGUCACCGAAAUCCAGUCAGCUGCCAGCGACAGCGACUAUUCCCAGCGCAAUCCCGACUUUGAUUGUUCCGGCGAACUCGGUCGCUAAUCAGGCUGACGCAGGGAGCGGGGGUAGUAACGAUCCUCUGAAGGAUAAGACCUUAGUGGCGUUCUUGUUGAGUCCUAGUUAUCCGUGGACGUUUGUGGUGCAAGAUUCGGAUGCGGAGAGUCAGCUGUUCAACACAUUCCCCGACUUGAUCGCUUCGGCAUUGAACAUAAGUGCCAACGACGUGCCUACGUAUGGUCUGUCAGUUUAUCAACCGGCAUCUUAUGACGGCGACACCAAUACACUGCUCACACAAUGGCUGGGCUACAUUCCUUCGUCCAUGUUCGGCACCCUGAACGCGUAUCUCAAAACCCAAUCAUCCCCUCUUUACACCCAGACUGGUAUCAAUGGUCAGCUCGCGGCUCAAAUAGACACUUCUUUCCCAUUGGCCGCCUCUGCCAGCAGCGCCAUCGCUCCAUCUACCACAUCCGAUGGCUCUGGCUCUCACAAGCGUACCAUCAUUAUCGCCGUCAGCGUAACCGUCGGGGUUCUCGUUUGGUUCGCCCUCAUAUAUUGGGUAUACCGACGUGUGAAGAAGCACAAUGAUCAUGUGGUUCAUAAACGUCUAUCGGAGCAUAUGUCAAUGUUCGAGCCACCUCGAGACCAAAUGUCUCAAAUCCGAUCUCAACGACCUAUCUCCAUCGCUGCUUCCGAAGUUGACGAUCGACCUAGUUCAUUCUAUGCCUCGCCGAUAGAGAACGAACGUGCUUCUCGUCGAAACGAAUCCACUUAUUCGUCUUCGUACGGAGCUGUAGAUGGUCACACUCAACAAGGUCGAGGAUCGCCUACUUCACCAGGGGCAGAUUACGGUCCUUCAGUAUUUGGAACAUCAUGGUUCAACACCGGUGCUCAUCAACUCCCUCCACCAAUCCCGACCAGUCAAAGUGGAAGAGGAUCAAACCCUUUCGAAGAUAUAGUCACUAGAUCUUACUUGAGCACGGCGGGUGGUCAAGGACAAAGAAGGAGUCAAAUGCCUAAAGUUCAAAAAGGUAUGAUCGGUAAUCCUACAUUACAAGGGAAUUCUCUCGAAUUUCACGAUCCAUUCGCCGAUGGUCAUUCGUGAUCUUUCAAAAUUUUGAACAAAACAAAACGAUACAAUAUGAUCUCUUGUUCCAAUCGGACAUUUUUCUCUGAAAACCUUUUGCUCUUUUGUCUCACCUCGAAAACAUCUUUUUACCUUAGACCCUUUGUCCCUCAGUCCGCAUCUUGUUCAUUUGAAAGGAUGAGAUUAAAACGUUACGAGUAAAAUCGUAGUGGUGGAAAUAUACUGUAGAUCGCGCGGGCGCGUUGAACGUCUUUCUUUUCAUGUUCUUGGUUCAGCAGGGAAUGCACGAUAAUGUCCUU